AUGGCUUUGGACGGAAGGGAGGGCCCAGAACCACCAGCUGCUGGCGCAGCAGAGGCCAUCCUGGCAUCGGGUGCUUCAACCUAUGGCGCCUGCGAGGCCUAUCACAAGGGAAGGGCCAAGUUCUUUGUCUCUGACUGGAUUACCGACGCCUUCACAGCAAAAACUCUCUCCGCCGCCCUUUUCAUGUUCUUUGCAACCUUCACCUCCACUUUAGCUCUUGGAGAGCACAUCAAGGAGUCCACAAAUGGAUUGAUUGGUUUGAAUGAAUACCUGAUGAUGAACAGCUUGGCUGGCAUGGCACACGCCAUCUUCGGGUGUCAGCCGCUUCUCGUACUUCGGCCCACAGGACCUAUCACCUUGCUCUUCGAGAAGCUGCUGGAUUUUGCCAACCAGCACUCCCUGCCAUUCUGGCCCUUCUUUGCAUGGACUGGCAUCUUCGUUGGCCUGCUCAUGUUCUUGAUCUCGGCCUUGGAGCUAUGCCGGUAUGUCAAGCACCUCUCGCUGUUCACGGAGAACAUCUUUGCCACUUUCAUUGGCAUGGUCUACAUCAAUGAUGGCGUUCAAGGCAUGAUUCGGCUGUGGGGGGAGGGCGCCGACCCCUAUGGGAGCUCUGCAGCAGCUUCAAAGCUUCUGACGCUGAACAUGACGAUCGGGUUUACCGCCCUGACCUUGUGGCUGAGCACGCUGCAGUCCUCCAAGCUCCUGACCUUCAAGGGAAGGAUGUUUCUGAAAGACUACGCCCUCACCAUCAGCCUCUUCGUGUCCAUUGUGGCGGCCCAUUAUUUGAACCAAGGCCUCUUCCCAGUGACUUUCAUUGACACGAAAACCAGCGGCUUUAACACCACCAGCGAUCGGCCCUGGAAUACGGACCUCACUGCCAUCUCCGGCAGAGGUGUGCUUUGCGCCGCCCUGGCAGCAUUCCCGGUCGUGGUCUUCUUCUACUUAGACCAGAACAUCUCGAGUAGCCUGUGCCAGAAGCCAGAGAUGAAAUUGAGCAAGGGCAGCUAUUUCCACUCCUCCUUCGCCUGCAUGGCCUUCUUCAACACGCUGGGACCUCUCUUCGGACUGCCUUUCGUCACAGGAUCCCUGCCCCACUCGCCCCAAUUCGUCCUCUCACUAGCUGAGACUGACGAGGAGCAUCGCAUCACCAAGGUGCGGGAGAACCGCUUGGCACCCUUGCUGUGCUACUUUCUGAUUGGCCUCCCAUUGCUGGCGCCUUCGCUGCUUGAGCGUGUUCCAAAAGCCGCUGUCUUUGGCACCCUGAUCUUCGUAGGCAUUGACGGCAUUCAGAGCACACAGCUCUAUGAACGAGUUCUUCUCAUUGCAACAGACCCACGUUUCUUCCCUAAGACCGGGCCCUUUGCAAACUUGCCAGCAUCCACAAUGCAUCUGUACACGUUGAUCCAGCUGGUCUUGGUCGUGGGCUGCUGGAUGGUCAAUGCUGACUUCGGACUCUACUUUCCACUGUUCUUUAUCAGCCUCAUACCGGUCAGGUGGUUUCUCGUUCCGUGCUUCUUCACCCAAAAGGCUUUGGAUGAUCUCGAUCAUGGCUUAGACGUCAAGCAGGAAGAUGCCAAAGGUCGCCCGGGCUUCGUGCGCAGUAGUUCGAUCUACAAGGACAUGUCACCCUGA